AUGUACCUGAUCACUGUGUUGGGAAACCUACUUAUCAUCCUGGCUGUCAGCUCAGACUCCCACCUCCACACACCUAUGUACUUCUUCCUCUCCAACCUGUCCUUGGUAGACAUCUGUUUCACCUCCACCACCGUCCCAAAGAUGCUGUGGAACAUCCAGACACAGAGCAGAGUCAUAACCUAUGCAGGAUGCAUCACCCAGAUUUAUUUUUACAUACUCUUUGCAGUGUUGGAUGACAUCCUCUUGACUGUGAUGGCCUAUGACCGCUUUGUGGCCAUCUGCCUCCCUUUGCACUACAUGGUCAUCAUGAACCCCCGGCUCUGUGGACUGCUGGUUCUGGUAUCCUGGAUCAUAAUUGUCUCCUUAUUUUAUGGUACAGUCUUUGGUGAGUACCUCAGCUCUGCUGCUACCCACAGCUCACAUUCAAGUGCAGUAGCCACGGUGAUGUACACUGUGGUCACACCCAUGCUGAACCCCUUCAUCUACAGUCUCAGGAACAAAGACAUUAAGAAGGCCCUGUGUAGAUUUUUUGGGAUGGCAGAGGAAUCAGAACUGCAGUCCCUCAUAUCUGGCCUUUUCCUCUCCAUGUACCUGAUCACUGUGUUGGGAAACUUGCUCAUCAUCCUGGCCAUCAGCUUAGACUCCCACCUCCACACACCCAUGGCACCUGACACCAUCUAA